AAGUGUUACAUGGGCGAGACACCAACAUUUCCUGUAAGAGUUGGGUUGGCACCUCCGCAGCACACCAGCACCAUGUCGAGCCAGGAGGUGGACGAGCUGUUCGACGUCAAGAAUUCCUUCCACAUCGGCAACUACCAGCACUGCAUCAACGAGGCCCAGAAGCUGCAGCCCAGCACCCCUGAGCUCCGCCAAGAACGUGACAUAUUCCUGUACCGGGCUCUGAUUGGCCAGCGCAAGUAUGGCGUUGUGCUGAGUGAGAUCAAGCCCUCCAGCCCCGCCCCCCUGCAGGCUCUCAGACUCCUGGCACGCUACCUCCAGUCCCCGGAAGGAAGGCCAACAGUGGUGAGUGAGCUCGAGGCACAACUGAGUGGUAACGUUGACCUCUCCAACACGGCGCUGCUGGUGGUGGCGGCGACCAUCUACUGCCACGAGGAGAACUAUGAGGGGGCGCUGAGGGUCCUCAACCAGUCUGAUGCACUUGAAUGCCGUGCCCUGAUGGUGCAAACCUACCUCAAGAUGGAGCGGCCGGACGCUGCACGGAAGGAACUGAAAACUCUACAAGAGAAGGAUGAUGACGCGACGCUCACCCAGCUGGCCCAGGCCUGGACACACGUUGCCACGGGCGGAGAGAAGCUGCAGGAUGCUUACUACAUCUUCCAGGAGUUGAUGGACAAGAACAGCAGCACUCCUGUCCUCCUGAAUGGGCAGGCUGUGUGCUUCCUGGGCCAAGCCAAGUACGAGGAAGCUGAGGGGGCCCUGCAGGAGGCUCUUGACAAGGAUCCAAACAACCCAGACACACUUAUCAACAUGAUGGUUCUGGCCCACCACACCGCCAAGCCACCAGAGGUUGCCAGCAGAUACCUCGCCCAGCUGAGAGAUGACCACAAGACCCACAAGUUUGUUGAGGACAUCAGGACCAAAGAAGAAGAAUUUAAUCGCCUGGUGAUGCAGUACGCCACUUAGUUUCUUUUAGCACAAUUAUUUAAAGUUGUUAAAGACAAACUGUAUUCUGAGAGGCACCUGAUUGGCUUUCAGGAACCUUUCAGACUUUUUGCUUGCAUUGAUGUGAAGGAUUAAAGAGGUAAAUUACAUUUCAUUGUUUACCAUCAAACUACAUGUUCUGGUUGCUUGUCUGGACACACCAACAUCAUUUUUCUUUGUUGUUUAUUUAUAAGGAUAUUCCACAUUUAUAUUUUGAAAAGUACGUACAAUAAAAUAUGCAUAUGUAUAUGUA